AUGUCAACAAUCACCAUACCCCCAGGCCCAGGAUCCCGGGCUAACACCUCCUUCGACCCUCAAACCCAAAGCCUCACCCUAUUCCUCCACGACGGCAUCACCCCUAUCACAUUCCCCGCCUCCGCCGUCACCCGAACCUACCAGCAAGCAACCUCCCUCAGCAUCCUCUACGGCACCCAAAUCGGCGCUUGCCUGGCCAUGCUCGCCGUGGUCCUCGGCAUGACGCCGCAGGCGCGGUUCCGCCGCGCCCCCACGCUGCUGGGCAUCGCUGCGCUAGUGCUUAAUGCGGCCAGGAUGCUGCUUUUGGCGUUGUUUUUCACGACGACGUGGGUGGACUUUUACGUUAUUAUCUCGGGCGAUGCGAGCGUGGUCCCGAGGGAGGAUUUUAUUCUCAGCGUGGCUGGCACGGCGCUAUCGGUGCCUGUGACGGUCGUGGUAUUGUCGGGUCUGUGUGUGCAGGCAUGGUCUAUGUUAAGGCUGUGGCCGAUGUGGUGGAAGGUCCCUGCUGUGAUGGGGUCAUUGGCGCUGGGGCUGCUGACGGCGGCGUUUAAUCUGGUUACGACGGUGUUGCAGAUCAACGCAAUUUUUCAUGCGGAUAGUAGCAAGAUUGCGGUUUGGACACGGCAAGCUUACCUGGUGCUGGCAACGACGUCAAUUUGCUGGUUUUGCUUCCUGUUCAAUGUGCGGUUGGUGAUGCACAUGUGGACGAACAGGAGCGUGCUGCCGAGUUUGAACGGACUCAAGGCGAUAGAUGUCUUAGUCAUGACCAACGGCAUCUUGAUGUUCGUUCCGGCUCCAGUCAUAUUCUCCGCCCUCGAAUUCUUCAACUGGCAGCAGUUUGAACUCGCCUCGGUCACUCAGACAACUGUCGUCAUCAUCCUCCCACUUGGAACCCUCAUCGCCCAACGACUCGCCAACCCUGUCUGGUUUGGGACCAAUGACGAAGUUAACCGCAACCCCAACGCCAGCCCUCUCGGCGAUACCAACGGGUAG